ACCCGAACAGCCACUGCCAACUGAAAGAGAAAGCAGUUAGGAUAGGAAGAAGCAAAAAUAAAGGCAAUGGCUUCUCUUGCAACCUUAGCUGCAGUUCAACCAACGACCGUCAAGGGCCUUGGUGGAAGCUCUCUCAAUGGAAUCAACCUCUUGGUCAAGCCAGCUCGCCAGAGUUUCAAGCCCAAAAACUACAGGGCCAGUUCUGUGGUUGCAAAGUAUGGUGAUAAGAGUGUGUACUUUGAUUUGGAGGAUAUUGGCAACACAACUGGGCAAUGGGACUUGUACGGGUCUGAUGCACCUUCACCAUACAACCCACUCCAGAGCAAGUUCUUUGAGACAUUUGCAGCUCCAUUUACCAAGAGAGGACUGUUGCUCAAGUUCCUCAUCCUGGGAGGCGGUACCCUCGGUCUUUACCUCAGCGCCACUGCUUCCGAUGACCUGCUACCGAUCAAGAAAGGUCCACAACUUCCACCAAAGCCCGGGCCCCGUGGCAAGAUCUAAUUCACUGCAACUUUUUUAAGCUUUUCAUUGUAUGUACCUUGUUUCAGUUUUCAAACAUGUAAUCCUAAAAUGCAACCUUCAUUAUCGAUCCAAUGACAUUUGUUUCACGCUUA